AUGUCAAUCCCCAGAGGAAGUCAAGUCCAGAAGAGGUUCUCCAGUUUUAUGAGAAAGGGGCUGCUGGAGGUGCCGUCCCCAACAGAGAAGGACUGGCCUAAGGAUGAUGAAGAUGAUUAUGUCUUCGUAGACUUGGGUCAGGAGGUGGAUUCCCUGCCACAGCCUUAUCGCAUGAUCAACAAGAUGGUGAACCUUCUGUUUGACAAAUGUUGGGAAGUUAUCCAGGAGAGGGAUGCACUGAGGGACGUUGAGUUCAACCGGACCCAGCCCACAACCUACCCUCCACUUGUAGAAAGCAAGCUCAACAAAAUGCCAAAUUGUAUGGCGAUUUCCCAAGACUAUGUCUUUAUUGGAGGAGCCAAAGGAUUCUCCAUCUAUAAUCUGUACAAUGCUAAACGAAUAUAUAUUUGGGAGAAACUUAAAGUUGAUGUCACUUCCAUCUGGGCCACAGAUUUGGGGAAUGAAAUACUUAUCGCUCCUGUGGAUGAAACGGGUAUUGCUAGACUGUUUUAUUUUUAUAAGGAUGGGCUUUUCCUAAUCAAAGCCAUCAAUGAAGUGGAUGAUGCCAGCAAGCAAACCACCUGUAUAAAGAUGGAGAUCUCUCAAGGAGGGGACUUCGCAGCUUUCCUCCUACAAGGAGCCGGAGAUAUUUGGCUGGAUGUGUAUAAAUUGCCCAAGGAGUCUUGGCUCAAGGAAGUAGAGCACCCCCAACCUGCUCUAAAUCCGAAGAAAAAAGCCAGACAGCCACAACUGAAUACUCUUGAACCCGUGACUUCAGAGAAUUUGGAAAUGGAUAUGAACGUUUGUUUUAGAGGAGACAUUAAGCUGAGUCUUCCAGUUCACAUAAUGAAGAUCAAACCACCCAAACCAGUUACAGGUACCACAUUUAAAAGCCCCCUGGAAGUGUUCGCAAAGGUAGAGGACUACUACGGGCUGGGCUCCGGGCAGAACCACUUCAUCAAAGACAGUCAGUGGGAGCAGCUGGCGGCCAUCUUCCUCGCCUCCCACCAGAAGUACCUGGACAAGGAAUGGGAAGAGGAGCCACCCAGCAUGGCCACGUUCCAUUUCCUCCUUCCCAGCAGAAUAAUUACAAUGCCAGUGGAAGUCAAGGGCCCCUCAGGGGUAGCCUGUGUCCUUGGCAUACACUGGGCUGGAAGUCACAACUUCUUCUUCUAUUCGCUUCACCGAACUCUGAAGGAUAAAGUCGACCCGGAGGGCGUCUGGCCCUGUGCUGCACCCAUUGUGGUCUCCCAGCUCAGCUGCACCUGCACCUUCCUAGUGCUGGCCUGUGAGGAUGGUGUGCUCACGCUGUGGGACCUGGCCGAAGGUUUCCCUCUUGGGGUCAUCGCUCUUCCCAAGGGAUGUUCCUGCCAGAGCAUUCACUUCCUGAAGUACUUCUUAGUCCACGAAGGACAGAACAUGUACCCUGAGAGUCCCUUGAAAUCCCAAAUGAAAUGUGUGGUGCUGUGCACAGAUUCUUCUCUCUAUCUGGUGACAGCCAAAGGGACCCAAGGACCCACCAUCAGUGUGCUUGUUGAGAGGCCUAUAAAGCACCUGGAUGAGGCCAUCUGUGCAGUGGCCCCGGUCCUAGCCUUACCCGGCAUGUUGCUGAUCUUCGGCAAGAAUGGCUCUGUACAGCUCAUGGAUGUGGCCAAGCCUCAGAUCAUCUGUGCCUUUGUUCUACCCAGAACCUACCAUCUGGCGGUCCCCUGGAAGCCCUUGUUUGCCGUGUCUGUUCAACACCCGUGUUUCCUGCUCCGAGGAGACCACCCAGACGAAAUUGAAUCCGACGACACCAAGGACAUCCAGAAUUCUGUUUUCUAUUUUAAUCUCGAGGCCUACCCACUCCUGGAAAACAUGGCAAGAAAUCACACCAUUCCUGAAACUGACAUGACAGAGAACACAGCCUUUGCCCAGGUGCUGCCCUUGGAGAAAAGAUGUGAGAGUUUCCUCCAGAAGAGAUUCCAGAAGCUGGAGAAGAAGGUGAAAGAGCAGGAGCACUGGACCCGGUUUCGCAGAUAUUCCUUGCUUCUCCAAAGAGAGAACUUCAGGAAGUGA